UAAAUACUACAACUGUUGUGAAAACUUCAUUUGAAGUUGGAAUGGGCAAAACCCCACACUCUUGGGCACAUUGUAGUAACGUUGGUCACUUGCGAUACCUAUAGCAUAUGGAAGUGUUAGAUCAGUUUCUGGUAAGUUACUGUGUGGUACAUCACAUCUUGCUUUUCUAAAAAGAAAUUUAGAAAGUGUUUUUGAAACUGUUAUAUGGAACUUCUAUCAUUGGGGGUUUUUUUGUUUGGUUGAGGUUUUUUUUACAGCUUCAUUUUAUUCGUGUACUUAUCAGGUUAAACAGUUAUCUUAAAAUGCCAGUAAUUGUUUGAACGCUGGUCUGUAAAUAAAACAUGAACUUAAUAUUUUAGAAAAUGUAAACUUCGGACCUUUACCAAUAUAUUUUUUUAAACUGUUGCUUCAUUUUACAUUCAGUAAUAUUAGUUUGUAAACAAACUAUACAUUUUGUACCUGUGCAACAUCAGAGGAUGUGUAUUCAUUGCAUUUUAUUGGUUCUCUUGAGGAACAUGAUAAAUGACCAUUGUUAAAAUGUUUUACUGUAUAUGAUCAUAGAUAUAAAGAUAGUAGGUCCAAAAUAGGAUCUACAUUUUUUUUCUAAAUAUAUUAGUUGUGCUAUGUUUUCUUAUCUAAAAUUGUGUUCACUUUUUUUCUAGAUUAAAUUGGGGUUGAUAAGAACGUACAAAACAGAUCUGUUGUAAUAAGAGUUCAAAAGUGUAAAAUGUGAAGAAAGUAAAUUUUCUCUAGGUCUACUAUGAAAAGUGCAAGAAACAAUGAGCUUAAAUUACAGCAGUAAACAUUUACAUUGAAAAAAAAAUCUUUUAAAUGGUUUGAUAAUUAAUUACUAAAACAAAAUACCUGGGGAAAUAUUGCAAUCUCCACUAGUGAUGACAUUCAAAAAAGGGUUAGACAAACAUAUGUUAGGAAUGGUUUAAAUAUGGUUAAUUCUGCUUUGAAGCUGAGGGAUACGAUGAAUAACCUCUCAAGAACAGCUUCAUUGGUUUGUUGUUGGGGGGGGGGUUGUUUUUUUGUUGGUUGGUUGGUUGGUCUUUUGAAAUGUAAUAAAUUAAAAUGGAUCUCAUAGGACAGUAGGCACUUAAGUAGAAAGACAGAGCUCAGGUCUUACAGUUAAAAGAAUAUUACCCCCUGACUUUCAAGCAGUCAGACUGUGAAUUUGAAAUUGUUAUAGAAAAACAGGCUUGCAUUAAAAGACUCACUACCAAAAGUGUGAUAACAUUCUGUGUUACAUCAGAGUAAAUUCUGCUAUUGCUAAAGCUUACGGCUGGAAAAGUUAACAGCUAUAAGGACUGUGUGAUGUUUGUAGCUUUUAAAAGCUGGGACAGAUUGAUAUUAUACAUAAUCUAAUACAGAAGUGUGCAGAGGCAUGAACAAAUGUUAUUGUUGCAUGUUCUUUGGGCAGGUAUAAACACUUUAUAUGAGACUUGGUCUUAAAAGUCUAUGACAGGAUCAAAUUAAAUGAAGUCAAUUGAAUUGCCUCCAUGUCAAAGGUUUUAAAAGGGGGCCUCAGCCUCCUGCUAGUUUUUAGGUGCUUAAGUGUCAGAAGACUGCUUAGCUGACAAUACUGGUUAAGAAGGCCAAGGCUCAGUUAUAUUUCUGAAGUUGAUUGAGAAUUUUCUUGGCAAUUCCUACUACCACCAUCUGUUUUAAGGAUGUGAAAUUACCUUAUUUUUUCUUUUUUUGAAAGCCAAUGGCUAAUUGUUUUUCUCCCUGGUUGUUUUUACUCAAGGCAGAGAGAAGGCCUUGGAAAAGUUUUGGAAGAGGUUUCAGAAAGAAGGUGUGGAUGUAAGAAGCUGUAUAUAUUUAUUGUUAAUAUGUUCUAAAUUAACCUGUUUGUUGUGUAUGUUCUGAAGGGAGGUUUGCUUAUAUAUUGUGGGGAUCUGUCGUGAAGUUCAGAUAAAUCUGUCUUCAUCUUAAGACACUACUGCUUCUGUCUCUCUCAUCUGUGCCAGAAGACAUCAUGUAUAAAAGCAGGUGUGCGUCAGCUCCGAGCCACCGAGGUUUUCCAGCCUGAUAAACAGGUCCCAGGGUACUACAAACAAUGUUUACAGGAACAAAGCAUUGUAGUGGCACUGCAGAUUGCUCAAACAGGAGGAUGGGGUAUACUAGAGCUCCACUCUGAGAUCAACACCUUACUUCUUUCUACUAUAGAAUUUGGAAAUGUGUCUCUGCUAGAUCCAGAGUCAUUAGCCAAGGACUUGACUGGACUGAAUUCCUUGCUGUAUAAAAGAAUUCCCGUGUAAUGGAAAGCCUCUGAAUUUUGGACUGUGAUUCAUUCAUCUGUCUCGGUGAAGGGACUGGCAACUUGCAGAGGUGUGGCAGGUGGGAGCAACGAUUGCUUUGAUUCUACUGCACAGUUGUAUGUGCAGUGAUGUUUUAGUUGAGUCAGUCAAUCUUUUAUUUAAACCUCCUGAAUUUAUCUAGGUCCUUAUUUCUUGUUGAUUGGCUUUCACUUUGGGUUCAACUUCUCUAACUUUGACUUCCAUCUAAAAGAGAAAGAUGCCAAUUUACUUAUGGGACUGUUGGAAGAUAACCAUUCAUGGGUGUGAGGCAUUCAGAUGAGAGGGUGGCAAUAAAACCAGCUAGAUGGAAGUGUGGCUUUUGGGAUCUAUUUACAACUGUGGAAGUCCUGUGGUGGACUCAUCUUGGUGCUACUUAAAAAUCCUGCAAUAAACAAAACAAAGAAACAAACAAAAACCCCAAGCCCACCCUAAAACUGUACAACUAUUUCUCCUAGACUCUGUCUAAAAUUUAUUCAUAUUUGUAAAUCUCAACCCUGGACUACUGUGCAGUUUAUCAGGUUAAUUAAGAAAGAUUAAUAGACUGAUGAAUUGAAACUGUGGUGACCACAUUUAUCUUCAAUGGUAUUCACUUUUUCCUGUCUUGAGAAAUGUUGCAUGUUCUUGCUUCUGACUUUCAAGGUGUCAUGUCUUUAGCUGCUGGAAAUCUGUGCAUCGUUAUUCUUCUGGAGCACUCACAGAAAGGUGAGAAGCCAGGGGCGGAGCAAGAUGAAGUUAAGCUGCAGAAUGCCAGCAAGCAGAUUGUGCAGACUGCUAUCCUCCGAGCAGUGCAGCAAGUUUCCCAGGAGAGCCAACAAAAGGAGAAGCGAACAAACAGUACAAGCCUCCAGCUAGAAAGAGGAAAACUAACCAAGAAGCAUGAAAAGAAGUAAGGGAACAGAUUGGUUUUUUCAGUCCUCCAGUCUGCAGAGUUUUCAGCCUUCUUUUUAGUAUCAACUGUAUUGCCAGUGCAAUGCUACUGUUGUAAAGCAAACCAAAGUAUUAUCACACCUAGACAUAGGGUAAAACUGCAAUAGUCCUCAGCUGAGAAAUAUUAAGUGCAUUAGAUGAAUAACUCCAUAUUUAUGCAGUGCCUCUUAACAGAAACAAUAACCAUAGCUAUAAAAGUAGUUUCAAGCACAAACUCUUAUGAUAUGAACUUAUUCUCCAAAGCUUGCUGUCAGAGCACUUUCAUGUUAAGUUCUGAGUGCAACAUUUAUGUCAGUUCAGCUGGACGGACUCUUCUUUGAGCGAAUGGGUUCACUGAAGUUGUCUUUACCGAAGAAAUAGUUUACUGUCAAGUAUAGCAGAAUGAUUUCAGUCUCCCUUGAAGCACGGGUUUGUACUUUGCUUUGAUUAGACAUGAGCUAUGUGAAAUGGAGUAUAAAGUGGAUUUGGCAAGUUCUGUGAACCAAUUUCUUUUUUCAUCUUGGAAAAAAAAAGAGCAAUCCAGUAAGACUGCAGUAACUGUGAUCUAUUACUGUGAUCAUAUACCUAUGAUCUCUGUCUUUUUUUAAGAAAGUUAAAAUAAGUACUGAAGUUUUAGUCUACUGAUUUGAAAUACUUCUAUACUUCUGCAUAAAAAUCACUUGUGCCUCAACUAUUCUAUUUAAUUUUCUUGAUAUUGAAAGAAGAUAAACUGAUGCAAUGAUAAGGAGUUCACCAAUAUAUUCUUCAGUUUUGCAGCUUUUCUGGGGCUUGAUUUACAAGACUGGAGUGUCUUAAAAAAGGGGUUGAAUUUAUUAAUAUCUUGAAGGAUGAAAAUAUACUGUGUCUGAAUACUGUCACGGUAGAUAUUUCUCACCUGCUGUGCUUAAAGUGACUUUAUAUAUUUGCAAUUGUAAGGUAGAUUCACCUUAAAUAGCACUGCAUUAAGCUGGUAAUACAGAGCUUACCCUUUAAGUGCUCUAUAUAGCUGAAGAAAUCCAUGAUGUUUCAGAAAAUACAAAUUAAAUAAAUGUUCCCUUCACUUUUAUGCUCCCUUUCUGUAAUGAUGAUUGUGCUAUUAUACGUCUGAAAUUAAUAACUGUGUGUUUAAUUCUAGAAAUGGGUUGUAACUCUGCUUCAACUGAAUUCCUGUAGUAAUGCACCUAGAAAUAUAGAGAAGCAGAUGUUCUGCAAAACUGUGAAUUGCUUUUCUACUCAUCUAGGUGGUUCUCAGGGUGGUUGUGGGUUAAACAAUUGGCUAUUACUUACUGUGUCCUGUUGCCUGUGUUAAACAAUUUUGGAUUCAUCAUGGCCAGAGGCUUAGCCAUUAAUAGCCACAUACUGUAAUAUUAAGUUUUUAAAUUUGCUUGGUUUGUUUCUUUUUUUUUUUUUAACUUAACAGCACCGACUCAUACAAGAUAAUAAUCUAGCUCAAUCUUCUUUCACUUAAAAAUUAAAACAAGAAUUCAUUAUGAUUAAAAUUGUUUCAAAUCAGCUAAUGAUGAAAACUGACUCAGAUUCCAAGUACACAGAUGGUUCAGUUCUGUAAACACUGGGUGAAUGUUUUUAGCCAAGCAAACUUUGAAAGGUGAAAGUGAUUGGGUCUUGAGGCAUGUGUUUUGUUUUAAUAGUAGUUGUUUUACCAUUAGAUUUUUUGUCAGUUCACCUUUGGUUGGGAGGUAACUCUUUUCUAAGCACUCUUUGCAUCUUUGCUUUCUGAGAGCCUAAGAAAACUGAUCAUGACUAAAGGUUCAAUUCUGAAACUGAUGAGCAGGCAAGUCCAGUGGAUGAGAGAGAGCAAACCUUUUGGAGAGACUCUGUGGUGCAAAACAGUGUUUGCCACGGACUCACCUACAAUGCUGCAGGAAGGAGAGAUAUCAAACAUAUCAAUUUCUUUGAAAUUAUUCUACUCCUUUAAUGUUUUUUGUCACUAUAAAUUUGAAAUGUGUUUGUGUUGGGGUUUUUUUUGUAUUCCUGGUAAUUAUGUUAAUAAUCUUCAUAUAAUUUUAAAACUUGUUUGAAUGUCAUGGUUUUUUUAAUUAAUUUUUAAUUUUAGAGAAAGAAUAAUUUCAAAAGCCAGUGAUUCCAGGCUUUUGCCACUGCUUUAGAUGACCCUAUUCCACUCCUGGUCCCACUCCUCCCACUAUACUGUUAUACAAUAUCUCUUUACUGUCCUAGUCCUUUCAGACACACUAUUACUCAACCAUUUAGCACUCAUGUCCACCACUGUCAGAAUACCGAUGCCAUCAGAAGUCUAAUAUCUUGGAAAACUAAAAAUGGUAGGAAGCCUAGCAAAGCCUUGAGGAAGUUUUCUAUAGUCUCCUAUUGAGGACAAACAAAUACUGUAUCUUAAAUAGUGUAGUUUUCCCUGAGAGCCAAAUGAUGUGUCUCCAAUCUAGAGUAUACAUCCCUAAGUUAGAGCAUGCAUUUAGUAUUUCCUGUUGAUAACAGAUGUUCUGCACACCACUUACAUCCAGGAUAUGCAACUGAGGUUUGUACCACGUGAGAAAACUACACAAAAGUAAACUUUACCCUUGGUUCAUUAUAUGCUUACUACAUGAUGAAAGCGGAUAUUUUUUGGUAUUUUCUUCACUGACAGAUUAUAUUUUAUGGAGAAAAUACAGACUUUACAAAUUAUUACAGAUGUGAUGUAGGUCUUUCUACAAAUAAAAAAGAAAUCCUAAAGAAACUCUUAGUACCUUAUAUGUCUCUGGUUUUUCCUGUCAGAAGAGGGGAAGCAGUUUUCAGAUUCACUAGACAAUCUCAUGAAGCAAACUGUGCUCAUGAGAUUUGUAGUAAUGAAUGCAUUAUUCAGCACAAUAAUUCAUAUCUUAGAAGUACAAGACAAUCAAAAUGGUAUCAUAGGUGUUUAAAACAAACUCACCACAUUUUAGCACUUACAGUGGUAAGUAGAGGGUUGUACAACUAUGUGAAAUUGUAUUUAUCUCAACUCCAAAAGAACAGAAGAGUCAUGUGUCUGUGGCAAUCUUACACUACACCUGCUAUGUUUUCAGUCAGUUUGAUUAUCCGCAUUUUAUUACCAUACUUGUGCUAUUCUUUGUAAGGGUAAUCAAGCAGCAGUGCUUAAAUGGAAAUUUGCGUGGCCACAGCAGAAUGUUGUAAGAGAUUACCAAAUGCCAAUGUACAUCAAGUUUUUGGUUCUGUGUGGUUACAUUGGAAAUUACUUGCUCUAAAAUAAAUAAAACCAACAACUGUGACUUGGAAA